AUGCGGCCAAGAAAGGAGAACCCCGAUAUAGCGCAACUCGUAUUUGACCAACUUAUCGCUGCACUACCCAAUAUAGUCAGCCAAGUGGCUGCUAGACUGAAUGCCAACCAGACUUCAAACUCUGAACCUAGACCUCCGCGAGAAUGUACUUAUAAGACUUUCAGAGCUUGUAAUCCCAAGGAAUUUAAUAGAACCAAAGGAGUGGUAGGAUUACUAUCGUGGCUAGAAAGCGUGGAAUCCGUUCUACACAUUAGCAAAUGCACCGAAGGAAAUAAAGUAGAGCACGCAGCAUGCCUAUUGCAAGGAAGGGCGCUCACUUGGUGGAACACACUAGUGCAAGCCAGAGGCCGAGAAGCGGCUAACCGAAUUCCCUGGGAGGAUUUUAAGAAGUUGCUAAAAGACGAGUACUGUCCAAAGAGUGAACUUCAAAAGUUGGAAAUGGAAUUGUGGAAUCUCGAAAUGAAAGGGGACGAUAUUUCUGCGUAUACAACAAGAUUUCACGAAUUGGCAAACCUGGUAUCGCACCUUGUGACACCAGAGGAGGUUCGAAUUGAAAGGUACAUUUGGGGAUUGUCUCCAGAAAUUAGGGGGAACAUAACCUCUGCUAAUCCAAAGACUAUCCAAGAGGCGGUAGAAAUUGCCACGAAACUCACGAACAAUGCUGUGCGAUCCGGAGGGUUGGCCAAAGGAAAACGAAAGAUAGAGGAGUUUGGAGACUGA